AUGUCAUCAACAACCAAAGACCCCUCCACCAACGGCGCGGCAGCGGCAGCGGCAGCGGACUCCGACUCGGAAGACGACUACAUGAAAAUGACCUUCACCGACGAACCCACCUUUACCACAGCCUCCAGCAGCAAAAGCAAAAGUGGGAAACCAAUCGAAACCUCCCUCCAGCGUCGCCUCCGUCUCCAACGCGAAGGAGAAAUCCGCGGCCGCGUCAAAUCCAAAGCCGAGUUAGCAGCCGAAGAGGAAGCCCGUCGGGAAGCCGCUUUGUCAACCUCUCUAUUUGACAAACUUGUCGCUCCUUCACCAAAAGCAGCUCCCUCUUCAUCAUCAGCAUCAGCAUCAGCUUCACCGGCGCCUGCAGCUGCAGCACCAGUGAUUGGAGUCACAGCAAAAAGCAAAGGUUUAGCAAUGAUGGCCAAAAUGGGUUUCGUCCCCGGUACAGCGCUCGGCGCCAAGUCAACUGACUCGGAAGCGCGAACGGAGCCUAUCAAGAUCAGCAUCAAAGAUGGGCGCGAAGGCAUUGGGCUGGAGAGCGAGCGGAAGCGCAAAAUGCGGGAGGCGGCGGAGGCGGCCGGGGAGAUGGCCAAGAAGGCGAAGGUGGAUGAGGAAGGGUACCGUGAACGGGUGAGGAGGGAGAGGGAGGAAGCCAGGCUGGAGAGGCAGGUACACGCGGCGCAGAAGGUGGCGGAGGGGAUGGAUGAGGAUUAUGGGGAUGAGGUGGGUGGUGAAGAGGGGGGAAUCCAGAAAAUUGAGGAGCGGGAUGAUGAUGAUAGGGAGGAUGGGAGCGAAAAUGGCAGUGACUCUCGCGAAAAGAAGAGGAGGAAGAAGAAGACUGGUGCCAGUUCGUCCCGGCCCUUACGGGCCAUCCCGGUAGUCUACCGCGGUCUCGUCCGCUCCCGCGAGGAGGCCGAGCGCGAGCGCAGGAUGCCGUAUGACCUGGAGCAGAGCAGUAUGCUUUCCUCUACGCGAUUGCCUACAUAUGUGGACGAUGAGCUGGAUAUGGACGAUAAACAUGCUCUUGGUAAGGAUAUUGGCGCCGUUCAUAAGCCAUGGAACACGUACGUGAUGGCAGAGGACCUCGACGAAGAGGAUCCGGAACUGGAUGAGUUCAACGCUCUUAGCCCUGACGAGCGGCUACGGCGCUUGGUGCUGUACAUGCGCGACAAGCAUCAUUAUUGCUUUUGGUGUAAGGCUAAGUAUGAGGAUGCGGAGAUGGAUGGGUGUCCUGGGUUGACCGAGGAGGACCAUGAUUAA